AUGCACAUGAUACCACUGCCCCUCUCAUCAAUGAAGGAGCAAAGUGGACCAGAGAUGUCAAGACCCUUGCAAUCCUCCCCCAUCGACACAAGACCAGUUUACAUGAUUGACACCAGAUGUGAGCUGUCAUCUAGCACACCUUCAUCAGCACCAUUGCCACCAAAUUCCUCUUUCCCAUCCUCCACCAGCCCUGAUAAAAUAUCUUCUCCUCUUCCUCCAUCCUCGGUUCCUUGCACUACUACCAUGGACCAAAAUUAUCAACAGCCGCAAGCCCUUCACAUACGUCUGCCCUUGCCAGAAGGGUACUUGUCCAGCCGGUCUGCAUCUGUUCAGGGGGACCGGCAAUAUAGUUCUUAUUCAAAUGGCAAUAUAGAAGAUACAGGGAGGCAUAUAGAAAGUUUCAUCAUGUCGAUUUUGGGAUACAAUGGAGGAGCAGUGGUAGCUAUGACGGGGAAGGACUGCGUGGCCAUAGCGUCAGACCUUAGGUUUGGCGUCCGGCUUCAGACCAUCUCCACCAAUUUCGAGAAGGUAUUCCAGAUGGGUCCCCAUUUAUUUUUGGGCCUCCCAGGCCUGGCCACCGACACACAGACCGUCCACCAACGCCUCCGUUUCCGCUUGAACCUCUAUGAACUUCGGGAGAACCGCCGGAUCCUCCCCAAGACAUUUGCGGCCAUGGUAUCCAACCUUCUCUACGAACGACGAUUUGGUCCAUACUUCAUAGAACCAGUCAUUGCCGGUUUGGAUCCCGAGUCAUAUCAGCCCUACAUUUGUAACAUGGAUCUCAUCGGCUGUGUGAACGUGAGCAAGGACUUUGUCGUCUGCGGCACGUGUGAGGAGCAGCUGUAUGGGAUGUGCGAGACGCUCUGGAAGCCAGACAUGAAGCCAGAUGAGGUAUUUGAGGCCAUCUCGCAAGCGUUGGUCAAUGCUUUCGAUCGAGAUGCUGUUUCCGGGUGGGGCGCUGUCGUUCAUGUUAUCGAGAAGGAUAAAAUCACCACACGCAGGAUCAAGACUCGAAUGGAUUAA